ACCCGGUUGGAAAAGAUGUGGUUACGUUCGGCCUCAGCGAUUGAUCCCGGGCAGCCUCAGAAGCGGGUGCAGUUCGCCGCUGCGGCCACAGGUGUCGCCAGAGCUCCUCGUGCGGCAGCAGCCAGAUGAACCGCAGCGAGGGGGGUCAGUCCACUCCUCUCCUCACUCUCCAUGUUGAAAGGGAGCAACUUCUCCUCCAGCCGAGUCCAACCGCCCGUUCCUGCCCGUAGCUCGGCGGUCUCCCCGCGGCGUGACGCUGGUCUGGGAAAGAGGCUCGGGAACCACGGUUUCAGCCGCGUACUUUUGGACACCGCUUCUUAUUUGCUUCUGCCUCUCCACGAUCUGUCUGCCCCUAAAUGUGUCUCCAUGUUUCAAGGUGAGGCAGGCUGCUCCCACAAAAGCUUUUGGAUGCAGUGUCUCCUGAUGCUCAGGUGAAAGAGGAGGUUGUCGAGAUGAAGGAAGAGAAUUUGUUUCAUCGGAGGUUUUCUCUGUGCCCCAAUGCUACCUCUCCACCCAAAAUUGACCCCCGCACACUCACCCGAAACCUGUCUUAUGGAGGAGACAACGACCUCUACAACCUCAGCCCAGGCACUGAGAAAGACAGGAACGGUCUCUCCAUGCUGAGUAAUGAACUUAGUCCUGCCCAAUCACCAGGCAGCAAGUCUGAGUCCAAGAUGUUUAAUGGUGUUGAGAAGGACUGCCCUUCCCCCACAGAGAAGCUCGCCCGAAAGGAGUCUCUCAAGGUCCAAAAGCAAAAUUACAGGCAGGAGAAGAAACGAGCAGCUAGAGAACUGUUCAGUGCAUUAAAGGACCCAAGCGUUGUCAUCAUGUCGAACUGGCUAAAGAUCCGUGGCUCUUUAAAAAGUUGGACCAAGCUGUGGUGUGCCCUGAAGCCUGGAGUUCUUUUAAUCUAUAAGACCCCUAAAACAGACCACUGGGUGGGAACAAUCCUUCUCAGUGCAUGCAAGCUGAUUGAGAGACCCUCCAAGAAGGAUGGCUUCUGCUUCAAGCUCUACCACCCCUUGGACAAAUCCAUCUGGGCUGUCAAGGGUCCCAAGGGAGAGAAUGUUGGCUCCAUCACGCAGCCUUUACCCAGUAACUACCUGAUCUUCAGAGCUGCCUCGGAGUCUGAUGGCCGGUGCUGGAUGGAUGCCCUGGAGCUAGCUCUCAGCUGCUCCAGUCUCUACAAGCUGACAGCCAAAGGAGGAAAGGAAGGCGAUAUCAGCAUGUCUUCAGAGUCCUCCCAUAUACUCAACCUGCUGCAGUGUACCACGCUCAGUGACACAGAGCUGCUACAGUUGAACGACACGGUGUUGCUGGGCAAUCACCACAUGGAGCAUGAUGGCUUUUCAGACAAAUCAGAGCGGGAGGCUCAUGAUGACUGGGACACUAUGGCCAAUGAGAACGGUGGAAGGCUGACAGAGGAAAGUGACAUGGACCAAUCAGAUGAGGUGUCCCUCGGGCCACAGGCCACAGCCUAUGUAGAGCAGCACACAGAGGAGAUGGCCGAGGCUGGGGAGGCAUCCCAGGUAGAAACUGUAUCUGAGGAGAACAAGGGACUCAUCUGGACGUUGCUGAAGCAACUGCGACCAGGCAUGGAUCUAUCCAAAGUGGUGCUCCCCACCUUCAUCCUGGAGCCACGCUCCUUCCUGGACAAGCUGUCUGACUACUACUACCACGCUGAUCUGCUGUCGACAGCUUCACUGGAGGAGAGUCCAUAUGGUCGCAUCAAGCAGGUGUUAAGAUGGUACUUGUCUGGUUUCUACAAGAAGCCAAAGGGUCUUAAAAAGCCAUAUAACCCAAUACUAGGGGAAACAUUUCGUUGCUGUUGGCUUCAUCCUCAAACCAACAGCUGCACUUUUUACAUUGCUGAACAGGUAUCCCAUCAUCCACCCAUAUCUGCCUUUUAUGUCUGCAAUAGGAAAGAUGGUUUUUCUAUCAGUGGAAGUAUCCUGGCCAAGUCUAAGUUCUAUGGCAACUCUCUGUCGGCCAUUCUAGAUGGCAAAGCCAGGCUGCUGUUCCUAACCAGGAAUGAGGAAUACAUCAUCACCAUGCCCUAUGCUCACUGCAAAGGUAUACUCUAUGGCACAAUGACACUAGAGCUGGGUGGGAAGGUUACCAUUGAGUGUGAGAAGACAAAAUGUUUCACAGAGCUGGAGUUCAAACUGAAGCCUUUCCUUGGAGGCUCCUGCUCUGUGAAUCAGAUCAGUGGGAAGAUCGUUGUUGGAGAGGAGCUCAUGGCCACCAUUGAUGGGCACUGGGACAACGAGGUGUUCAUUCAUGAGAAACGCUCAGGCCAGCAGGAGACACUGUGGAACCCAAGUUCAGACAUUCGCAGCAGCCGACUCAAGAGACAAGUGGUCCAUAUAGACCAGCAGGGAGAGUUUGAGUCUGAAAGACUUUGGCAGCAUGUGACGAGUGCAAUCAUGGAUCGAGACCAGGUGCGUGCCACUCAGGAGAAGUUUGUGCUGGAGGAAGCUCAGCGGAGAGAGGCCAGGGACAGAGGGGACAAAUCCUGGAUCCCACGCCUUUUCCUCCAGGACCCUGUCACCUCAGAGUGGACUUAUAAACACAUGGACACACAGCCAUGGGACCCUGAACGCUGUCUGGUUCAGUUUGAGAAGGAUGGAGUGAUUCAGACACACAAGAAACGGCAGAGGCGACACAACGGGCUCUCUUACAGCCACAGCUGGGCGAACCAGCAGAAGGCUAAAGCGAAUGGGAAGCAUAGAAAAGCCAGCAGUCAGCCAUCCAGCUGCAGCCAGAACACUGAGAGCAGCAGUACCACACCAGAGCCCACACACGAGUCCUCAGACAAUGAAGGGUUUUCAAACCAGUGUGCACGGUGCAGUAAAGAAAGCAAGGAUAUCGCCCUGAUAGAGGCCUCCAUAACAUCCAUACAGAAAACACAGCAGGAUAUUCAAAGGAACGUGGUGGCUCUGGGCCGUCAGCUGGCUCGACAGAGGGCGACUGAUGAGAGCGUGUCGCUAACAGGGCGUCACUAUCUCAUAGUCUGUGUCCUGCUUCUCUCUCAGCUCUUCCUCAACUACGUCUUCACCUGAGCCCACUCAUUAUAGAGGAAUUUCCCCUGGCACUGAUCUGGCAACAGAUCUCUCCAAAAAGCACAGACACUGAAAAAAAUCUAAAUUAGGGAAAAAGGAUUUAGAUCAGUGUCACCGGGGAUCUUCUUCCCAUUAGUUCGUCUUGGAUGAGCAUGGACAUUAGAGCAAUAAACACAGCCACCGCCUGUCAGUCAUCUGCAGAGAGGAACGGCGCCCCCUAGUGUAGCCAGAUAGAAGCAGCACCGGCACCCAUGCACUUUGGACAGAAGAGGAGGGACGAGAGAUAUGCACAGCUGAAAGGAUUUUAAAUAUGAGGAGGAUGUGGAAAAAUGGUUUUACAUAGGAAAUGCUAGAAAGGAUGGUUCACAAUUUCUUAGUGUCUUUUUCUAUUGCCCUGCAAUACUGUUCAAGUGAGUGUGCCUGUAUGUGUCAUUUGUACAACAAUAGGCCCUAUGGGCAAACACAGACCACUGCUUAGACUUCUCCUAAUUACCUUCCACUCCAGAUUUUGGGCCUUAAUGCUGAAGCCAAAAAGAAGAGAAACGCAGCAUAUACAAAUGAAGCAAACAAAAUCUUCCAACAGUGCAAUUCUGUGUUUUGUAUUCAAUGUGUGCUUAAAUACACUCUGUCUGUGUGAUAAUUUUACCAAAACAGUAUUUAUAAUCCGAAAGGACAAAGAGUUCCUGUUUACAGAAAGCACCGUGUGUGUCUAUGGGGACACGAGAAGAAUAAGGGGAAUAAGGCAGAGAGCCAAAACAGAGUGUCUUUGUGUUGUGUGCCUGUAGUACCACAACUGAAGGGAUAAUAGCAGAGCACGGCUUUGGUCUAGACCACAAUAACUAGUGUAUACGGUUGCUUGUGUGUGAAGGAAAUACACACAGAUCAAUGUUGACAAAAACAGGAAAGGAAUCGGAUCUUCUGGCGUAGAAGGUUUGUGUGUGUGUGCGUCGUGCUCCACACCAUAUUCAAGUGUCACUUUGAAGAUGUAGACACCUAAUAAUAGUUAUCACUUUUAAUCAAUUUGUAUAUAAUUGUCUUGCAGUCCAUGUUUCAGAUUUCAGAAUGUAUUUAUUGGGUGAUUAACCUUGAUGUUCCUAAUCUUAUUCAGCUUGGAGGACGGAGACCAGAGGUGACAAUCGCUCUCCAGGGUAGUGUGGGCUUGUCAUAGUUCUGAAUGUGUGUGUGUCUGAGUGUGUGAAUGAGAGAGAGAGAGAGAGCACAUGUGAUUAAGCCAUUACGAUCGUGCUAAACAAAGUCAGAUCUGUGAUCUUGAUUUUAACUGUUUUUUUUAUCCCUUGAAUUUGAUUCUUCAUUGCCAUUACUGAUCUGCCCAGCGGGAGAGAAUCAGAGCACGAAGCUUAACUCUUUGAAUGCUUUUGUGUACACUUUAGUUACUUUAGUCUUUUCAUUACGUUCAUGUUUUCUACUCUACUGCCAUGUUAGGGACAUUCUUUACGCCAGGUAUUUUUGUCAUAUGAAACAGAACCAGAGCGAAUAUGAUGUUGCCUGAUGGUUUCAUCCUUUGUUGAAUACUGUAGCACUACAGUAAAACAUUUUAACCCUG